UACGUCAAACGAGGUUGUCUUCGGGUGGUCAGUGUAAAGUGUUUGAAUAAUUUAACGUUAGAUCUAUCAUUUAGUAAUUUAGCGUUAAAACAAAUGGUGGUUAUGGCGGAUGUGGGGGCGCUGGGAGUUUUCCAGGAGCGGGUGAAAACUUUGCUCGGGUCUUUGCUCGGGUCUUUGCUCGAGGUCCUGCUGUCUGAAAUCACCGACGCCUAUACAGAGAGUUUCCCACUGAACAUGUCCAUGAAACUUUGUGAGAAAUGCACCCUCAAUGAUCCGCCUGAGAACAUUAAGGGGGACAAAUACAGCGGAUUUAGAGCAGGAUCUGAACAGUCCCAGCCCUUAAAAGACCUGCGAUACAGCGACAGAGUGAUUCCACAGCAGGCGAUCAGCGGAGGAAGUAAUGGUCAGGAAGUAAUGAAUGGAGCACUGAACCAAUCAGACACCCCGAAUAGGCCAUGUCCACCUCCAGUUCAUCAAGAAGCAUGGGUUACAAAAGAGACAAAGCUUGCACUGGGAAUGAAACUUAAAAAUAAUGACACAACUGUAACGGAAAAUGAAUAUGUGACACCGCUAAUUCCGAAAGAAGGUAAAGAGCAAGAGAAGGUAACACCUGGAGUGGAGUAUGACGCUGAUGUGAAGCCCGUGGAGAAUGAAGCAUGUGAACCAGCCAGGACCAAGUCUUCUGAUCAAGAGCUUUCUUGUUUUCAAAGCCAGAAUCCGGCAUGUUUAGGCGGUGCACAGGGUACGUCUUCUGAGCUCAGGGAGCGUAUACGACUCUGCUCUGUACAGCUCAAGACCAUCCCGAUACUUGAGAGGCCGAGCAGUCAGUUUUACGUUUGCAGCUUUUGUAGCAAAAUCUUCAUGUUCGGCAAAACCCUUAGGAGUCAUAAACGUUUACACAUCAGCGAGAGACCUUACAGCUGUUCGCACUGUCACAAAUCCUUUAACCUCCGCAAGACCCUCCUCCAACAUAAGAAAGACCACCUCAAGAAACUGUACAGCUGUACUCGAUGUGGUAAAAAAUACGAACAUUGGAGAAACCUUCACCUACACUGGGGUUGCCAUGCUGGACGGAGUCCGUUUCUUUGCUUCCGCUGUGGGAAAUGCUGUAGGACUGUCCUGAAUCGUCAGAGUAACCUAACCAAAUGAACCAAUACUGACUGACCAAUUGAGAGGAAUCUCAAUUUUGUCACAGAGGUUUACACUAGCAAUAUUUUGUGGUUGUGAAUACUGUAGUAUGAUAUUUGUUUUUGUUUGUUCAUACUAAAAACUUGAAGUGUUGUUGAAGUGUUAUUGCAAUAUUUACGCUUGUUGAUCUUAAUAUAAUUAAGUAUUUGUGUUGUAAGUAGUGACAAAAACCUACAGUCAAUACGAAGUAUUACUAGUGUUCUGUUUUUGCAAUCAUCUGUGAACUGGACAGGGAAAUCUGCAGUAGUUUAUUUCUGCUUUGAUUUUCCAGGGCACAACAAAAUGAUUGUAAGAAUGUUCUAAAGUAUUUGUUUAUGAAGAGCAAAUCAAAAUCAACAGUAUUUCUCUUAAAUAAAUUCGAUCACUGUUUUUGUAGUGUGGAGCAUCUUGUAAGGAUCGUUUUAAAAAUUCAUACACUGACAAAAUCCUGUGUGCUUCCAGAAUAUUAGACUGGGGUAAACAAUGUUUUAAUUCUACUGUAGUUUUUGUAGUUUGUAAUUUGUUGCAUUAAACAAACAAU